AUGACUGGUGGAAGCGUUUGUUGUUCUGUGGAUACAAAGAGCACGGGAGGAGACAUGGCCAAGUCAACGAAUUCGGGACAUUCAGGAGGGGAUGACAGCCUUGGAUCAUUGCCAGAAACUGUCAAGGCUUUGUUUGUGGACGAAGCAAGGGAACCAGCGAACCGGACGACGAGUGGAGAGAAGUCACCCAAGAAGAAUACCAUACUUUCAGUCGACGAGGCCACUCGACGAGACUUGAUCAACUCCAUCACUACAACGGUCGAAGAAUGGGAUGCCCAGGAAGCUGCAGCGGCAAAAAGGCCAGCCAACAGAUACUCCCCGCCAACCCAUGGCAAGCCACCGUUGCGAGGGAAAAUCCAGGAAGCUCUCCUCGGUUCCAGCACAGGUGAUCGGUACAAGCCACUCAGUUCAGUCCAUUCGCAUUCAAGAGGAAACUACGACCCAAACACCAACAGCGAAGAGACACCUUCCAAGAGAGACGACAUUUACAGCUUGACCGAGAGCCAAAGGCCUACUGCAUCUUCCGCCGACGAGAGUGAAUAUGCUUGCAAACCUCAACCCCACGAAGAUUCUGCGGCUUAUUGUGGAACUAGACUGGGUAAGAAGGAUAAAGAAGAGCCACUGAGUGCCGUCCUUCGCAAGUACCAAUAUCCUAGGAACAACCAAAGUGCCAAUGCAUGGGCUGCAGAGCAAGCUCAAAGAACUUCCAGGCUUUUCUUGCGCAUGUCCCGACAAGUGAGAUAUGGACGUCGAGGUAGCCUCCCGACGCCUCAUCGACGCAAUCGGAUCAAACUGCACAUCUAUGACUUGAUUCCAUCAGAAACGGUCAUGCAGUUGCCUUGGGGUUGCUUCAUCCCCAUUGGAAAGUGCUUCGAUGUCGUCAACUCGUCGCUGCAUUCAAUGGGAACAGGGGCUUAUCAUGUUGGAGUGGAAGUCAAUGGAAUCGAAUACAGCUACGGGGCGACUUCCUUGCCUCGUGUCAGUGGAGUCUUCUCGUGCAUGCCAAAGCGAUCCCCGGGUUACCAGUAUCGAACAACCAUCGAUUUCGGUGAAAGGACUUUGGUCAAAAAGUCCUGGGUGUGCGCGGAAAGUUCUAUUGAUACCACAAGUGCAGACAGCCAAGCUCCCACUUACCAGGAAGUUGAGCGCUUUGUAGAGGGUCGAGAAGUCAUUAAGGAAAUGGCAUGUGAAUACAUGGGAAUUGACUACGACUUGCUCCGGAAAAACUGCGUGACCUUUGCCAUUGAUGCUUGCCGCAAGCUUGGUGUCAAAGACGAAGAAAUCCCAACUUGGUUCCGAAACCUCUGCGAAAGCGGUGCAUUGACUCAGGACGUGGCCAUGCAGACGGUGGAGCCAAUUCAAAACAUUUUCUCUGCUUGUGAAGACUAUGGAGACUUUGCCGAGAAGACACUCGAAGAUGGAUUCGAGGUCAUCACUAAAGCGCCCGCGGAAGGUGGUAGUGGAGGAGGCAUGAAAACUGUCGUCAUGGUGAUCGAUUCCGUUGAGUGCAAUGCUUAUCAUUGUAUCGACUGUCCAACUGUUGGCGUGAGGAGAACCCUAAGUUGGACUUAUUGA